AUGAUUGACAUUUUGACGGCGGCCGGUGCCGCGUUCUGGCGUUCGGCCGCGUACGCGAUGGGCCGGGUUCGUUUCGCCGCAGUCGGAAUGAUAACAAUUAUCCUCGGUUACGGUAAGGCCGUCCGCGGCGAAACGACCCCCGCGACGGUGCCGUUGAGCGUCAACUACCAUUUCACCCGGCAGUGCAACUACAGCUGCGGCUUUUGCUUUCACACGGCCAAAACGUCGUUCGUGCUGCCGCUGGACGAGGCGAAACGGGGGCUGGCCAUGUUGGCCGCAGAAGGGAUGAGAAAACUCAACUUUUCGGGCGGCGAGCCGUUCAUCAAGGACGGCGGUCGGUUCAUGGGCGAGCUGAUCCGAUACUGCAAGACGGAGCUCCGGCGGGCCGACAUCAGCGUGUCGAUAGUGACCAACGGCAGUCUGAUUCGGGAAUCGUGGAUGCGCAGGUACGGCGAGCACGUGGACGUGCUGGCCGUGUCGUGCGACUCGUUCGACGCCGAGACGAACCGGAAGAUCGGCCGGCAGCAGGGCGCGCGCACCGACCACGUGGCCAAGUUGAACGAGGUGCGCGGGUGGUGCGCCCGGUACAAGAUCGCGUUCAAGAUCAACACGGUGGUGAACGCGUACAACUUGGACGAGUCGUUCGCCGAACGCAUAGACUACCUGCGGCCCGUGCGGUGGAAGGUGUUCCAGUGCCUGUUGCUGGACGGCGAGAACGCGGGCGAGGGCGCCCUGCGCGACGCCGGCCGUUUCUACGUCACGGGAGGAAAGUUCGAGGAGUUCCUGCGCCGGCACGCCGGUGUAAAGACGUUGGUGCCCGAGAGCAACGAUACAAUGCGCGACAGCUAUCUGAUCUUGGACGAGUACAUGCGGUUCCUAAACUGCCGGAACGGUAAGAAGGAGCCGUCCGCGUCCCUGUUGGACGUGGGCGUCCGUCGGGUGCUCCGCGACUCCGGUUUCGACGAACGCGCGUUUCAAGAACGCGGCGGCGUGUACGUCUGGAACAAAAGCCGAAUGCCCAACGACCAGCUCGACUGGUGAGACCGCGGCAUUUGAAUGCGAAAUUCCCGGUGUGUGCGGCGCGACGUAGUUUUAACCGGGCGAACACCCGCAUCGGGUAUCAUUUAAGUUAGUCGGGGACAUCGGUGGGAAUUUUAAAACGUAAGUUAACGGGAUUUUUUUUUUCCCCCACAUACAUAAAAAACAACACGCGUGUCUUUAUAAGUUAUUUUAUUAAACAUACCUAACUAUUCGUUAUUCGUUGUUUGGAUUUUAAUAGUGAUCGUUAACAGGAUAUCACGUCGCACGUCAAAUAUGCAUGCGCGAUUACAACGGAAUUUUCGAAACGGACUUUCACUUUCGAAUACAUUCAAAAACGGUCACGGUGCGUAUUUAUUGGGUAAUCGUCAGGGAUCGGC